GGGCAUUAAUCAAAUCCCCUCACUGGCAUAUGAACUCACAUUGAGGGUGUGUCUCCCUUACUCUCUCAAUGCGAAAUAAUAGACUGCAGCCUUGUGCUCAACUCAAUUCUGCUCUUUCCCGCUCGUACUCCAAUCUCUCUAAUCACGUUAUGUUGGCGGUUUAGCUAAGGGUGCGAAGGAGGCAUCAGAGUUCAAAGUUGUUGCUGUGUUAAUUUGUUUCUGUGUUGGUAGAUUUGUGUGUUCAAUUUGCCUUUGAAAAGAACGGGAGAGUUGUCUUUGGAUUAAAUUGUAUUUGUCGCUAUGGGAGACGUGAUUUCGAGCCACCUGGAUGAGGGCAAACGGGAGAUCAUUACAGCCAGGACAGGCGAGGUGAUUGGAGAGUUUAGCCGUCUGUAUGAGCAACAGUAUGCAGUGGCCCUUUUCAACAAGGUCCGCUUUGACAUCGAGGGAGGAGGUGGGCCCCAGCCACAGCUACUGCACCGCAAGGUUCCUCUGGAGAAUAGAUCCAUCUUCUCUGGAGCUCUGUUCCAGUUUCUGGAGGAGGACAAUAAAUGGAGAAACCACUUCAUUUUCGUUCCUGACUCCUACACUAUCAACUACUAUGACAACAAAGUGUCUCAUGAGAGAGGGCUUCACCCCAAGGGAAACAUCAACUGUGCUGGGUACAAAGUUCUGACUUCAAUGGAUCAGUACCUGGAGCUGCUCAACAACAGCCUGCCUGGUGUAAAGGCUAAAGUGGGGAACUCUCCCUUCCUGAAGUGUGCCACCCAGUUCCCCCUGAUCCUGUGGCACCCGUACGCCCGCCACUACUACUUCUGUGUGGUGACGGAGAAAGAGCAACAGAAGUGGCAUGCAGUCUUUCAGGACUGUGUAAGACAUGCCAAUGAUGGUUUAUCAGAGGAGAGCCAGGUGCAGACUCCAGCCUUCACAGACGCAGUGAGGCUCUACCGCCAAGCCCACGGGCAGUAUGGCACCUGGGAGAUGAUGUGUGGGAUCCCCUCACAGAUUCUGGCCAACCUGGUGAUGGAGACUCUUCUCCCUCAGCUCAGGGAUCUGAUCUCCCCUCGACUCAAAGGCAAAAUGCACGACAGGCAGAGGAACUGGAUGCUAGUCUGUGACGCGGUGUAUGGUCUGGUGGUGAGGCAGGCCCAGGCCCAGUACGAGGCUGUGGUGCAGAGCUGUGAGGCCCGACGCCCUCCUCUAGAGGCCUCCAUACGCACAGACAUGGACCAGAUCAUCACCUCCAAGGAGCACGUCGCCAACAAAAUCAAAGCGGUGGUGCUGCCUAAGGCAGAGAAGCUGCUGACGGUUAGUAUCCAGCCCUACAUCAGCUCUAUCCUGGAGGCCCUAAUGGAGCCCACCAGCCGAGGCUUCUCUCAGGUCAGAGACAUCUUCUUCAGAGAGCUGGUGGACUUGAGCAAGAACACACUGAACGACGCCACCAAGGAGAAAGUGGGAGAGCACAUGGACAAGAUCUCUAUGCUGGCGUUCCACCCGGUGAAGAUGCAGAGCUGCUAUGAGAAAGUAGAGGACCUGAGUCUGGAUGGCCUGCAGCAGAGGUUCGAUGUCUCCAGCCCCUCUGUGUUUGUCCAGAGAGCACAGAUUCUCAUGAGAGAGCAAAUGGACGCUGCUGUGUACACGUUUGAGCAGAUCCUCCACCAAAGUCUGGAGGACCAGGGGCCAGAGGGGCUCUGUAAGAACAUCCAACGCUGCCAGGACCGGGUCAUCAAGAAAUUUGACUAUGACAGCAGCACAGUCCGGAAGAGGUUCUUCAGAGAGGCUCUUCUUCAGAUCUUCAUCCCUUACAUGCUGAAGCAGCUCACUCCCUCUUUAUCCCCUGAGCUGCCUCGUUUCCAGGAGCUGAUCUUCGAGGACUUUUCUCGUUUCAUCCUGGUGGAGAACAUCUUUGAGGAGGUGGUGUUGAACUCUGUCAUGAAGGACAUCAUGAUGGCUGUCAAGGAGGCAGCAGUCCAGAGAAGACACAACCUUUACAGGGACAGCAUAGUGCUGACCAGCAGUGAUCCCAACCUCCACCUGCUGGGGGAUAACCCUGCCAUCGACUGGGCUGGGGAGUAUGGGACAGGACAGGAAGAGGUGGAGACUGGGGACAGCACAGGAGGGGCGGCCCAGAGGAGGCGUAGGAUGAAGCAGGUAGUCUCUAUGAUCCAUCUGGAUGGCUCUCCCAUCCUGGAGUCCCGUCUGGACAUCCCCAUGGUGGACAGCAUUCCUGAGGAGGGAGUAGACCAGCCUGAGGAGGGAGUGGACACCGAUGCCCUCUCAUCUCCAGAGAGUGUCCACCAGGAACCAGCCAAAGUUAAUGGAACCAGUCUGAAAGGAAAGAGAAAGGCCCCUCCUCCUCCAGUCCAGCCAGAGAACAUUCCUUCCCCUGCCCUAACCAAUGGCUCUGUCCUAGAAGGUGAGCCAGCGACAAUCUUGAGUGAGGCCCCAGAGAUACAGACCAAAAUCUCAGAAGAUUUACCCCAGGAAGCUGAGUGUGCGAUGAAGUCCCCAGAGGCUAAGAGCUUUUUACACGACCCUGAGAGCACAGCGUCAGCCAUCGAGAGUGCCAUACGGGAGAUUGACAAUGCAGUGCAGGGAGAGGACAGCGAGCCAGCUGUGGAGAUAACUGUACUGGAGGCAGUGGCAGAAGUUUCACCCUCAAGCCAGGAUAGUGUACCCUUUAGCAAAAAGGAGGAAUCUUUAAAACCAAUUCAGCAGGAGGCUCUGGCACCAACAGCUUUUAGCCAAGAGGAAAGCACUCCUUCCAGUUUAGAGGAGGUAUCGUCCUCACUCUCUGCUACUGGGGUAGCAGCAACACCCGUAGCAAAAGAGGAGAUCCCCACACCAACAACCCUGGACAGCAAGCAAGUCCCUGCAGCCAUACCAACAGAAAUGCCUAAAGCCAUACCAACAGCCCUGGAGAUGGAGCAAGUCCCUGUCCCAGGACCAAUGCCAGGGGAGCUAGAGAGCACUUCAGUAGUCAGACCAGAGUUGGAACAGGCCACAGUGGAUUUGGACUCCCUGUCCCCGCCACACAACAGUGGCUUCCAGUCUCUCACCAGUGAGGCAGUGAAGAAGGUGGAGGAGGAUGCUGCCCCCAGUACAGAGGGGCCAGAGGUAGUAGAGGUGGUCCCUGAGGCAGGGGGUGAUGGAGUGACUGUGGUCCAGUAGGGAACAGCAGAGCGAGUGACUGGCCCAGUAGGGAACAGAAGCACAGAACAAUGACUCAGACCAGAAAGGAGGAGAAGGACUCCAGGAAGGCAGAGAGUCAGUGAGGAAUUUGUCCUCAUUUAGGCUGUAUGCUGGCAUUGAUUUAGAUGUGUUUUUUUUCUGAAGACGGGCAUAUUAUACUAUAUUAACCUAAUCUCACAAAAGCAUAGACAAUUUAAUACAUGGAAAAUGGUUGGUAUACAGUAGUUUUUCCAUUAGAUCAACUGAUUUGGUUUACACCUUCAAGAUAAUUCUAAUAAGUUCUAAACUUGUUGUUGUUGUACUAAUAUUAUCUACCAAUACUAAAUCAGUCUGUACCUUAGGUGGGGCUCAAGUACAACUUGAAUGUCUUGUUUUCCUGUUGUUUCUAUAUUUUGACAGACAUUCCAACUGAUAAAGCAUGUGCAUUCCAUUCAACCCACAUUCCAUUUGAUAACAUGUACAAGUGUGUAUUGCAUUGCAUUACAUCCACACAAGGGGAACUCAUUCCAUGAUCCUUUUUUAGUAUAUAUUCACUGUGUAGUGAAUGAUGAGGACGAUUGAAGGACCCAGUUGUCCUCGUCAUGGUGUUCUGUAAAUAUGAAAUCGCACAAUUCAGAUGCUGUUCUUGGUUGGGUGGACAAAAUCUUAGACACCUUCCUAAUAUUGAGGUGCACCCCCUUUCCCCUCAGAACCGCCUCAAUUCGUUGGGUCAUGGACUCUACAAGGUGUCAUGCGUUCCACAGGGAUGCUGGCCCAUGUUGGCUCCAGUGCUUCCC